AAUCCACCCCAACCCCCUCCGCCCCAGGCCCCACCCCUUUGCCCCCCUAUAAUUAAAACCCACUCGUGACAAUAUAUUCCAAAGGGCUUGCGCCGUCCAUCUACCCCGCCUUUCGCUAAAAACAAACCCACUUUCAACCCAAUCACCCCUUAUAAAAAAACCACCUCCCAUCUUCUUCCUCUUCAAUUUUUCCUGCCCUUCCAACAUUUCGUCCGUCCAUCCACUCUGCUCAAAUCCUCCAUGGAUUCCCAAACGCCCCACGUAGCCAUUCUGCCCAGUCCCGGGAUGGGUCACCUCAUCCCCCUCGUCGAGUUCGCCAAGCGACUCGUCCACCGCCACGGCUUCUCCUUCACUUUCAUCGUCCCCACCGACGGGCCCCCCACGCCCGCCCACCAAGCCGUCCUCCAGGCCCUCCCCCCUGCCAUCAGCCACGUCUUCCUCCCUCCCGUCAGCUUCGACGACCUCUCGCCGGACGGCCUCAUGGCCGAGACCGUCAUCUCCCUCACCGUCACUCGCUCUCUCCCGGCCAUUCGCGACGUGCUCAAGUCCCUCGCCGUCUCCGCCCGCCUCGUGGCCCUCGUCGUCGAUCUCUUCGGCACCGACGCGUUCGACGUCGCCAAGGAGUUCGACGUUGCGCCCUAUAUCUUCUACCCCUCCACCGCCAUGGCCCUGUCCUUGUUCUUCUACUUGCCCAAGCUCGACGAGUCCGUUUCUUGCGAGUACAGGGAACUGAGUCAACCCGUAAAGAUUUCAGGUUGCAUUCCAAUCCACGGGAGAGAUCUUCUGGACCCGAUUCAGGACCGGAAAAACGAUGCCUACAAGUGGGUUCUUCACCACGCGAAGAGGUACAGACUGGCCGAAGGUAUAAUGGUGAACAGCUUCUGGGAGUUGGAAGGGGGAGCUAUAAAGGCUUUGCAGGAGGAAGAACCGGGUAAGCCGCCGGUUUACCCGAUCGGACCGGUGAUAAAGAUGGAUUCGGGUAGUGGGUCAAACGGGUCGGACUGUUUGAGGUGGUUGGAUGAUCAGCCCCACGGGUCAGUGCUCUUCAUCUCCUUUGGGAGUGGUGGGACCUUAUCUUCUGAUCAGCUGAAUGAGCUAGCUUUGGGUUUGGAGAUGAGCGAGCAAAGGUUCUUAUGGGUGGUUAGAAGCCCAGAUGACAAAGCUGCUAAUGCCGCAUACUUUAGUGUGCAAAGCCAGGGGGAUCCUUUUGGCUUCUUGCCAAAAGGGUUCUUACAAAGGACCAGGGGGCAAGGUCUCGUGGUGCCCUCUUGGGCCCCGCAAACCCAGGUCCUAAGCCACGGCUCCACAGGCGGAUUCCUAACUCAUUGUGGUUGGAACUCUAUUCUCGAAAGCGUGGUAUACGGCGUCCCCCUAAUCGCAUGGCCGCUCUAUGCUGAACAGAGGAUGAACGCGGUCUUGCUUACGGAGGAUUUGAAAGUUUCCUUGCGGCCAAAAGUUAAGGAAGACGGGAUUAUAAAGAGAGAGGAAAUUGCAAAGGUUGUGAAGAGUCUAAUGGAGGGAGAGGAAGGGAAGAGGCUACGCAAUCGAAUGAAGGGCCUAAAGGAUUCAGCUGCAAGGGUGCUACGUGAAGACGGCUCUUCCACUAGAUCCCUCUCUGAGUUGGCUAACAAAUGGAAGACUCAUAAAAAUGUAUAAAAUAUAUAUAUAAUAGUUUGUACUUCAAUUAUUAUUGUUAUUAUUUUUCUUUCAGAUGCAUCCAGUAACUAUUUGAUGAGCAGGAAUCCAAUAAAUAAUGGUAAUGUGUGUGGCAUAUCAAA